CAGACACCGGAGGGUAGAGGACGAAAAACUGCCAAUCACUGCUUCCUCCAUCUCUGUGAAGAGACCUGCGUCUAACAGUCCUAAGGAAUGCCCACCCUUUGUGCCCUACGGGCGGUGCUGGGCGGACUCCUCGUCAUGCCAGGCUGGCUCGCGCUCCCCACGCUCUGCCGCCUCCUUCUCCCUUGGACCGUCACCGUCGUCUUCCACAAAGCCCUGGGGGACCCAGCAUCCCACCUUGGCCCCCACUACCUCCUGCCCCCCAUCCACGAGGUCAUUCACUCUCGUCGUGGGGCCACGGCCACGCUGCCCUGCGUCCUGGGCACCCCGCCUCCCAGCUACAAGGUACGCUGGAGCAAAGUGGAGCCGGGGGAGCUCCAGGAAACGCCGAUCCUCAUCACUAACGGACUGCACGCCCGGGGCUAUGGACCCCUGGGGGGGCGCGCCAGGAUGCGGAGGGGACAUCGUCUAGACGCCUCCCUGGUCAUCGCGGGCGUGCGCCUGGAGGACGAGGGCAGGUACCGCUGUGAGCUCAUCAAUGGCAUCGAGGACGAGAGCGUGGCGCUGACUCUGCGCCUGGAGGGUGUGGUGUUUCCGUACCAGCCCAGCCGGGGCCGGUACCAGUUCAAUUACUACGAGGCGAAGCAGGCGUGCGAGGAGCAGGAUGGACGCCUGGCCACCUACGCCCAGCUGUACCAGGCGUGGACCGAGGGUCUGGACUGGUGUAACGCGGGCUGGCUGCUCGAGGGCUCCGUGCGCUACCCCGUGCUCACGGCGCGCGCUCCGUGCGGCGGCCGCGGUCGGCCCGGGAUCCGCAGCUAUGGGCCCCGCGACCGGAAGCGCGACCGCUACGACGCGUUCUGCUUCACCUCUGCGCUGGCAGGCCACGUGUUCUUCGUGCCCGGGCGGCUGACGCUGUCUGAGGCCCACGCGGCGUGCCGGCGGCGCGGGGCCGUGGUGGCCAAGGUCGGGCAUCUCUACGCCGCCUGGAAGUUCUCGGCGCUGGACCAAUGCGACGGCGGCUGGCUGGCGGACGGCAGCGUGCGCUUCCCCAUCACCACGCCGCGGCCGCGCUGCGGGGGCCUCCCGGAUCCCGGAGUGCGCAGCUUCGGCUUCCCCAGACCCCAGCAGGCCGCCUACGGGACCUACUGCUACUCCGAGUAGCGGCCCAGAGCCCCCCCUCCAGAGCGCACGACAAAGCCUGGGAGUCGUGGCGGGGUCUCUCGCCGCCCCUUUCCCACGAGCCUGCCUUAUCGCCAGACAAGGAGGAGCCCCUUCUGACCCGCCUUCCCGGCCGGUAGAGGGCUGCGGGCAGCGAGCAGAUCCCGGCUGGCCGGGCGGUGGGGAGGGAGGUGGUGGCGCCCCCCGUGGCGGGGUGUGCGUGUACCACCCUCGGCCCCGCGGAUCGAGGACCGGCCAGCAAACCAAGCAGUGACUACU